GCACCCGACUUCGACGUCGCUGGCGCCCGGCGACUCCUGGGUGCGUGGCAGGACAGCCCGUCGGAGAAGCCUCAACUCAGCCGCUACUGGCAGAGGAGAGGAGUCGAUGUGGCCGUGGGCGCACUACCGCGAAGCUACCUCCUCGGCCUCGAGGACGUGGAGUGUCUGUUGAAGAUCUGCGAGCUCUCUGCACGUGUUUAUUGGUUCUUCUCGGACGACAAGGAGGAUUUGAGGCCGGGUGAUGUCUCGAAAGACGCGCCGCCACUUAGCUUCGAUGCGCGGCUGGUGACCCACGUGGAUGAGCAGACAACGGAUGAUCUCCAAACUCUGGCUUGGUUUGCUUGUGACUGCGAACUUCGUGGGCAGCUGACUCGGGU